CACGCACAUUCUAUUCAUUCGUCUGUUGCUAUCGUACAGUGCAGUACCAGACCCGCCGCAGCAAGUCUACUAGAAGGUUUGUCAGACAGACCGGGUCUUCCCACGCCCUCCCAUAAGAUGGAUCAGACAGAUCUCGACGCCGUGACCUGGCCAGCCCAGCUCACGAAAGGUUUACAUCGGGACAUGUAUCCGCUUCUAGAGCCGUCAAACCCCGAGCUCUCGGCCACAGGCAAGACAGUACUUAUCACCGGAGUUUCGGGCGGGGUUGGGAAGGCUAUUGCCGAGGCUUGGGCCACAGCCGGAGCCGCCGCUAUUGUCAUCACAGGCCGCAAGACCGAUGUGUUGGAGCAGGUCGCCGCCAAGCUGCGAGAGAUCCCAGCCGCCGAGAAAACGAAGAUAGUCGCCCACGCUGCCGACCUCCGGUCCGAGAAUGAAGUUCAAGAACUCUGGACCAAGGCUCGUGCUGAGGUUGGGGUGAUUGACGUGCUGAUCAACGACGCGGGACGAAUGAACUGGGGGGCCAUCGGCAGCAUAGAGCCGUCAGAGUGGUGGCUGGAUCAUGAAGUCAACGUCAAGGGUACCUAUCUCAUGAUCCAUCACUUCAUUCAACAGGAAAGCUCAGCCAGCGGCACAAUCAUCACGCUUAACACCGGUGCAGCGGGAACCUCACUGCCCAGCAUGAGCAGCUAUAUCUCUAGCAAGCUGGCAUCUACGCGUAUCAUGGAGAUCCUGCAUGCAGAGCAGCCGGCUGUGCGCAGCUUCACGCUCCUCCCGGGCCUACUCAAGACAGCUAUGACGGCCGAGGCUUUCAUCCCAUUCGCACGCGACGAUCCAAUGCUGUCCGGUGGCAUGACGCUGUUCCUCAGCACCCCGCGUGCCGAUUGGUUGAGAGGAGGUGUUGUCAGUGUGAAUUGGGAUAUUGAGGAACUGGAAGCCCAUAAAGAUGAGAUCUUGCGGGAAGGGAGGACUAAGCUCGCAUACUUGAACGCGAAGCUGCAGAAGGGGGGCCACCCAUGGGGCCAUGAGUGAUAGUGGAUGGUGUGAAUUGCUCUCAUGGUAUUGGUGGUAUAUCAUGGGGGGGGGGGGGAAGUAUCAGUCGUGGCUGCAUCGGUCUGAUAGAAGAUAUCGUAUUUUUUUUCAUUUUUUUUUUUCAAGAGAUUUGCCCUCCUAUGAUGCUAUUGCCGACUCGCGACAAUUAUUUCG